AUGAGUGCAUUGAAGAAGACGGCGAGUGUUUCAUCGUUACCUCAAGAAAUUUUCAUGGAGAUCCUCUCCAAGCUUCCUGCUAAAACCCUAGUACGAUUCAGGUGCGUUUCUAAAUUCUUUUGCGCUCUCAUAGCUGACCAUGGCUUUGGCGUUUUGCAUCGUAGCUUGUCCUUGACCCUUCCCGGUAGGGCGGGCUUUCUCAUCUCGAUCGAGGUUCGAACACGCCACGCCGCCCCUCCCCGUCGUGCAUAUUACACCCUAAAUUUCAGCGAACAUGAAAACCUCCAAGCCAACCGUGUCGGCUUCCUGGACGCUCAACCCUUUCUACUCUCCUCUCCCUCGGACGGCCUGAUUUGUGUGUCCAAACCCAAUGGAGACGUCGCCGUUUGCAACGUUAGUACGAGACAACGUAUUUUCCUUCCAAGAUUAAACCAAUACCGAGAAGGUUGUGUACCACUGUUGGGGUACGAUUCACAAUCUAAAAGAUACAAGGUUUUGAUGUCAGUCAAGAUAGUUGAUCAAGAGAGCGGCCUGAGGGGCAAACUCAUCUGCUACGAGUAUAAGCAUUGA